CUGCGUGUGGAGGUCAAACUCUUAAACAUAUUGUUAUUUGUGGCUGCCUAGCGUUGAGUCACUAUUGUACGAUGUAUUAAUUAUACAGGCCCUCCUAGAGUCAUCCUGCGGCACUUGUGACUAUACUGCAUUCCUUCUCCGACCACCAACAUCGGAUUUAAUCCUCUAGAUCCGCCACCCUGAUGGACUCCACCGAAGCAGAGCUGGAGACCUUCCGCCAGAGAUGGCGAGAAGAAGUGACCGCGAAAACCAAAGGAAAGACCAAAAAGGAAGAGGCCGUUCCUAAGUCUUCUCAAGCUUCAUCGAACAGAGCUCAGACGUCUAAACAGAGCAUUGUACCUGAAGUGUCUCGGCAUGCACGCCCUGAGGCUGUGGAGGAGAUAGACGAGGUAGAGCCUCAUUUGUAUCCCGAUCUUGGAGAAGUGCGCCAUGGAAGGAGACUGGAUGAAACCAGUUCCCCUGCUGCGGGCUCCAGCAAGGAGCCCCACUCCGCAUUGGAGCACUAUGAGAAAGCCGUUGAGAAAGAAAGCCAGGGGAGCUUGGGUGAGAGCGUGAACCUCUACCGGAAGGCGUUCAGACUCGACUCCAACGUCCACCAAACCUACAAGAACAAGCACUUCCCGCCCUCCUCCUUCACCUCCAAACCCAAACACCAGGACAUCAACCCUUCCAACGCGUCCACCACUGUUCCAAAUCCCGCCCACCACUCCCUCCACGGUCUCUCUUCCAACCUCCAAUCCCUCCUCGACUCCUUCUCCACCCUCUCCAUCCAAGCCGAACCCCCACCCACCGACCUCUCCCCACCCCUCCCCUGCCCCAUCUCCACUAUCCCCGACGAGAUCCUCUCGGAUAUCCUCCUCGAAGUGGCCCUCACCGACAUCGCCUCCUUUGCCCGCCUAGCCCAAGUCUGCAAACGCCUCGCCUACCUCGUCACCACCGAGGAGCGCAUCUGGAAACGCAUAGCCACAGGCAACGAAGUCGGUUUCGGCGCUAUGCACUACACCUUCGCCUGCCAGGUCGAUGGCAAACCCCUUGGAGACGACGGUAAAGGGGGUUUCCUUCUCGGCUCCGACGAAGACGAUGCGGCCCCAGUCACCGAGGAGCUCGAUCCAGGAAGCCUCACGACCCUCCUCGUCCCAUCCAUCUACCCAACCUACCGCGCCCUCUUCCGCCAACGUCCCCGUAUCCGCUUCAACGGCUGUUACAUCUCCACCGUCAAUUACACCCGCCCAGGCGCCUCGUCGCCAACCAGCGUCUCCUGGAACUCCCCCAUCCACAUCGUGACAUACUACCGCUAUCUCCGCUUCCUGCGCGACGGCACUUGUAUCAGUCUCCUUACCACCUCUGAGCCCGCCGACGUGGUGCCCUACCUUCAUUUGGAGCACGUCCACAAGAACCACGGGAACCUCCCUUCUGCACCGAUGAAAGACGCGCUUCUAGGACGCUGGCGGCUCUCAGGCCCCACGAUCCCUGGCGUCGACGGUGAAUCCAAUGGUGAGAAGGAGGGUGUCUUGCAUGUAGAGACUGAGGGCGCCACACCCAAGUAUCUGUAUAAGAUGAUAUUGGCGUUGGGGAGUGCGGGACGAGGGGCUAGGAACAACAAGUUGAUGUGGCAGGGGUACUGGAGUUACAAUCGAUUAACGGAUGAUUGGGCGGAAUUUAUGAGGAAGAAUGAGAGGCCGUUCUAUUGGAGUAGGGUGAAGAGUUAUGCGUGAAUCCGGGUGGGUGUUCAUAGCGACGUUUUGUUGGACGCACAAUGAGACUUGAUCACUCUUCAAACUGAAAUGUGCGUUCACGAAGGACAUCUUGGUCCGUGUUUUAUUAUCGUCAGCUUGAACGCUUGGAGUUGACUACUUUAUGUCUCUCCUAACCUUUACCGCCUGGGCAUACCCCGGCCGCGGCCCCUCAUGCCCAGUGCCCUCUGUGCUGCUCCUGGAGGUAGCGGCUUAUUUGGCGCCUGCGCUUGUUGUGACUCCUGGUUCU